AUGCCUUUCACCGAAUUUAUAAAGCCUUCAAUUGUUCAAUCAGAUGAAUCAGUUGAUGCGUUCACCAACACUGUUGUUCCAGCAAUUAGAUCUUUCGUAAAAUCAGCUCCUGGUUUCGAACUUGGCACAGCCGGAUACAUCUUGUUCGAAAACAAUGUUGCUGUACCAGCGUCUUCAUUCAUUCCAAUUGUGGGCGUAGAAUGGGAGAACCCGGAAUCAUUUCAUGGUAUUAUCCAGAGUAAACAGCUUCCGAUAUUUAUUGGAAAGAUAAAGCCAUAUCUUACUGCUCCCACAAGCCCAGAAUUAUACGAGACUGAUAUCUCACCAAAAGAUAUCUUUGCAUCCCCAAUAAUCGAAGUCUUUAGAAUUAAUAUUCAUGAAGACUCCGAGAAAGAGAUUGCUGCCAAAACAGCAUGGGGAGCAUUCGCAGUAGCGUUGAAGGGUACACACAUUCUGAGUGGUGUUAGUGUAAACUUGCCAGAGAGAACGUUUCUGGGAUUGAUCGGUUGGAGUGGAAUUGAGCGACGGAGAAUGGCAUUAGAUAAAGUGGAGCACCUUAAACAGGCUGUCGAGAGUUUGAAGGAUUCUCACUCGUUUGUUGCUGAGCUCAAUACAGUUAUCUAG